AUGUCAAACCUCCAAUCCUACGCGUACCCAGGAUGGGGUGAAUGGGCGCAGAAGAAUAUGUCUUUUACCCAGGCUAUCCGAGUAGGCGACCGUAUAGUGUGUUCCGGUCAAGGCGGCUGGGAUGCCAGGCAAAAGAACGUCAACUUUCAAACCCUCAUCAAGAAAGACAUGCUGGAAGAGAUCGACCAGGCCUUCGAGAAUGUCGACUACAACCUCAAGCACGCCGGCGGCAAAGGUUGGUCACAGGUCUACCGUGUUGUCACCUAUAGCAUCGAUAUCGCGCCCCAGCACGACCGCAUAGUUGAGAACUUUCGGAAGUGGAUGCCCGACCAUUGUCCGGUAUGGACCGAAUUGGGUGUCAAGCAGCUGGGUUCGGAUUUGAUGAAUAUCGAGAUCGAUGUCGAGGCGUAUGAUGAGGAGGGCGCGGCCGAGACACGGAAAGCGAAGCCUACCGCCGCCGCCUAG